AUGUCACACCGCAUAGCAAAAAAUUGUCACUCAAGACGACUACCGUCGGAGAAUCUCAGUCGCGGCAGAGCAGUGACCGCAGCUCCCCAUCUGCCAGUCAUCCUUCCCAGAUACAAACCUGGUGAAAGUAGUACAGCCUCUCCGCAACUUUUCCAAGAAAUCAGAUGCCAGCGAAUUUUCCACCGUGACUAGGCCCCGCCACCCUACUUCCCGCCUCAAGUCAUCCCGGUUCACGGCCCUGACCUCGACGACCCCUGAUCAGUUACACAAAGUCACGAAAGACUCUCACCCACGUAACACCAAAAGCUGCUUCCCCCCACGAUGCCAAGGGGAAUUCUGCUUCUACUCAGGAGAGAAGAGGAUACCGUGCGGAAGUGGGGGGGUCAACGAGAAGCCACGUAAGACCUGCAUAACCAUAACUCGAGCCCGAGCAGAUUCGCAUCGAACCAAGUGUGAGGGAGGGGAGGGGUAUUCAAUACGCCACGCACAGCGAAAGAAUGCUUUCUGUCGCUCCGU